GUAAAUUAAGUUUAAUCGUCAUAUCUUCAGCGCACAUUAUCGGAAUACCACCUUUACAGUGCAAGCAGUUUUAUCCAGUUUAUAGAGAACUGACCAGUGGUUGCAUGGGUUCAGUCUGUUAUCGGCUGUGACUGGAUGAUAGACACGAAAUGGCGGCAGAAGAAAAGCCACAAGAGAUAUAUAUGGAGAACAUUCAACUAAAGGAAGAAAAUGCAAUUCUGAAACAGUUUAAAUAUUUGUCUGAUAGAGAUACUAGUGUUAGUAAAGAUAGAAUCCCAACGUGCAUUAAAGGAUUUGUACUGAAGAAGACUUUCUUGAAAGUGCUGUUGAUAGUCAUUGUUGCUGUCUGUGUGAUAAUUGCGUUUGUGCUGACGGAAAGAAGACAUGACAGUACACUGCAGUCUUUGGUUUCGGCUAUAACAUCGUCUAACAAAGAGACGCCUGGAGUUUACGGCGGUCUUUUACCUUUUGUCGCUAAUAAUGCUGGAAACACAGAUAAAGACAUUCUACAGAAGAAUUACUUAAACAUAGGGUUGCGUCAAGACUACCAACUUCAGGAAUGCCAAGGGGCAGAACUUAAACAGUCUUUCCCUGACGUGGAUUAUUCUUUUCUUGGCUACAAUAUAUUGAAAGGCUUCCCCCUCGCAACCGGGCAUGAUCCUGGCUUCACAUACCCACUUUUUCGGCAUGAUUACUCUUCUGGUGGCAUGACCGCGGACUGCCGGUACAGUGUUCCACGUGGUCUUGUAAUUAUCCCGGAUGUUUCGUGCGUAACUUCGUUUUCAUCAACAGAAAUACAAACAAAAUACGAGUUUUCAAAGUCAUUGUCAGUUUCCACUAGUGUUAAUGGAGGUGGCUGGGGAGUGAGUUUUUCUGCAAGUGCAGGCUACAAGGAGUCUUCGUCAGAAGUUUCCACCGGGGAAUCAGUCUAUAUUAUAUCGUCUGCUCAUUGUAACUACUACUUUAGUAAGCUGAUAACGGAAGAGGCUCCACUGUUUGACAAUGUCUUUGUCAAAUGGAUUCACAAACUGAAUGAAACGCACAAACUGAAUGCAACGAAUAGGGAUCCUGUGUACUUCGAAUUCUUCGAAACAUACGGGACACACUUUCCAACCGAGGUAACAUUUGGUGCAAAAUUUAUCUACGAGCAUAAAAUGUCAUCUUCUAAGUACGAAAGUGAAAAGAAAAGCGGGGUUAAUGUUGCUGCCCAAGCUAGCUACUCAGGAUUGUUUAGUGUAGGCGGUGGUUUCAGUUUAGAUUCCGAGCAGCAACAGGCGGCGUCCGAAUUCUUAAAAUCAGUUGAAACCAAGACAAUUACUGUUGGCGCUGCUCCGCCGGCAAACGGCGAUGCCAUGACAUGGGCGUCAGAGGUUAAAACUAGUCCAGUGCCGACAGCAUAUAAAUUAUCAUCGAUUGAACUUUUGUUUACUGACAGAUACAUGGGGAAAUUGAACGUCGAUUACGAACGUAUUCGUAAGCAUAUAGAAACUUAUAAACAUGAAUAUUGUCUGUAUCUGCGGAAACAAGGGGAGGUUGAGUCAUGUGAUAGUUUAGUUGCCGGAGUUGAGUUAGCAAAAACUAGAUUGUACGAACAUUACAAAGAAACGAAGGUUGCCAGAAGUUCGACAUGUAUCGAAAACUGUCUGGAAGAAAUAGAGUGUGUUGCAGUGACAAUGUGCAUUACUUGCGAAAGUAGCAGUUAUGAAUUCAAUACUUGCUUUAUGUACAAAGAAAGAGGAUACUCGACCACAGCAGAAAGAACUGAAACCGAAAAUGCAGUUUGGCAAAGCAAUAUAUUUCCACCAAAAUUAAGGUCUCAGAUUGAAUUUAGCGACACAACGGUUGUUGGCGUUCCACGUGGAUUUGAAAAGGAUGAAGACAAAACUGCAAGCCAGAGCAAAUGCCACGAGCUUUGCAUCAUGGACGCCCAUUGCGUUGCGUAUACGCACUGUGACUGUCCAAGCAAAGAAGUAAAGUGCAACAUGUAUAGCAAAGAGAGAAUAUCGGGGUUGGAAAAGGAGUCUGGCACGAAAGCAUUUUUUAUUUCGAGCCAUCAGGACAUAGCAACUACAACGGUACCGACAUAGUAGGUACAACAGCAAUCAAUGCAUUAGAGGACAGCAACAAAUGAAUUACCAAAAAUUGAGAAUUAAUAUUCUUUUUCUCCAUAUGUACGAAUGAUUGAUUUCUAAUGAAAGUGAUUAGAUCUAUUUAGAAGUAUUCAGGUAUAUUAAUCACGGAUUUACUAAUUCGUGCGCUGGUAUAACAGAUUAUAAUACAAAUAUAAAACGUCCAUGCUAUAUCAACGAUUCUAAUACGAUCUGAUUCAUUUUCCUAUUAAACAAAGAAGGCUGAAAACAGUGAAUUAUUUUACAACAAAUCACUGUUCUGACGUCACAAUUAUUACGUCUUAUCAUUAUUACAUUUUAUCUUUUACGGACAGUUACUUAAUUCAAUACAAGGCAAUCUUAUAUGUCAAUGAAUGGUUGAUCAAUAACGAACAUAAUGGUUGCUAUUUAACCUUUAGCCUGCUAAAAACUCACAUCCGAGGCAUAUACUGACACUUUCAAACAACAUCAAAAAGGACUUUUUGAGCGAUUUAACAAAGUUCCAAAAAUCUUUGUCUGAUCAUGGUAUGCACUGUUCGCUAUUCAGUCAGUAAAUUUUCAGUCAACGCCCCUUCGAAUAGUAAAUGGUAUUGCCAAAAAUGAAUGAUGGACCAGUCCAUUUUAGAAAUUUAGCAGGCUAAGGAUUAAAUUGGUAAUAAGUGAGUCAACGAUUGAUAACCAGUAUUAAACUAUACAAUAUCUAUAAAUGACUGCAAUUUAUUGUACAAUUAUUGAAUUCUAUAGCAUGCACACGAGUUAGGCAAUAACCAGAUGAGUGAUUUAUCAUAUUAAACAAACAGUAAUUAAAAGCUAUACAAUGUCCAUAAAUGGCUGAUUGCUGGUGUACAAUCACGUAAUUUAGUGUCCUGUCUAUGGAUACCGUAUAUUCACUAAUAAUAACCCUUCUCCUAAAAAACGUCUCCUACACCCUAUUAUUUUCCAAAAAGAAAAAUGCAUUGCAAGUUAAUUAAAGUCAUAUGUGUAUACAAACAAUACAACUAUAAUGUCAUGGACUACAUGUAUAAGUUGUUAUAAUAUUAUAAGUUGUAUUUAUAUUUCCAUUAAACAUUGGUAAAAUAUCCCAUUUUAGGGCCUUAAUAAACAGCUUCUUUUUUAAAGAUUUAAAACCACCGUGGCGUUAAUUAGAGUAAUGGUCUUUUAUGGACGAUAACUAAAUUGCAUGCCAUCUCAAUGACUGGUUGAUCUUGAAAUUCCAUGUAUUGCCCAUGAAUGGCUGACGUACAUUUACAAGAUCCAGUACAAUGUCAACGAAUUAAUGAUAUACUUAUUUGAAUGUAAAUUAUCUCUACGCUGUAUCCACACAUAGUUGUAUCUUUGAUGGUAAGCCUCAAGAAAACUAAUUUAAUACCGGGAAAAACUCUUGUUUUCUUCUGGGCGGGCAUCACAAAGUGGCACUGAAUGAAUAUUCGAGGGUUUUCUUGGUGAUGUCCAGUCCCGUAACUGCAAAAGAACGCGGGAUCCGUACGGUCGGGCAUUGUAUACACAGUCACCUGCAUGCGCUUUAAAUAAGGAGAAUACAUGUAUAAGUCUUCAACUACCAUGGCAGCUGCAAAAUCGUCAUGUUACCUCAAAUGUGUCACUGUAAUGUGGCUCUAGCGGCCCCUAAAAGGGUCUGAGUGCCCCCAUUUGAACAAAUUUGGGAGAGGACCUUAUAAUGAUUCUACAGACCAUAUUAAAUGAAAAUCCUUCAAACUGUCGGUUACAGGUAUUUCUAAUUUUGGCUCAGUCGGCCCCUAAAAGGGACCAGGUGCCCCAUUUGAACAAUAUCGGGCGAGGACCUUAUAAUAAUGCUACAGACCAGGUGUGAUGAAAAUCCUUCUGGCGGUUCAUGAGAAGAAGUCGUUUAAAUGUGUUUCUAAUUUUGGCUGUAGCGGCUCAUUAAAAGGGAUAAGUGACCACCAUUGAAAAAAAAUGGGAGAAUACCUUAUAAUGAUGCUAAAGACAAGUUGGAUGAAAAUCCUUCAAGCUGUUCAUGAGAACACAGGCUGCCAGUUAUUCAGAUCGUUGAUCAUAUCUUAGUAACAUUUGUGAAAUAAUCCAGCAUCGGGGAGCAUUAUUCGGUUUUACUGAUUCCUUGUCUAAGUAUGAAGGCAAUAACUUACAUAGUAUUCAAGUUAUGCCCCCAACAAGGUUUUCAAAAAAGGAGAUAGUUCUAAAAUGGUACCACCUAGAGUUUUUGUUCCUUGUCACUGCACUUUCUCUUAAUGAGCUCUUUCAUUUUAUAACGUUACAACUUGGUAUUUUCAAUACUUUUUUAGUUAUCCUUCCGAUUAGAAGCAUCGAAAAAAGGAGAUUAUUAAAAAAUGGGACUACCCAGA